CUCAUCAACCCCUCAUCGCUCGCCUAAUUAACAAUCACCAGAAGUAAUCAUUGAUAACUAAACACCGUACACAAACAUGAGCAUUCUUUGCUAUCCGGCAGCCGUCGUCGUCGCGGCCGUGGUCAUCCUGGCAUCCAGCGGCACCGGAGUGAUGGGCGCCGAUGAGCCUGCCCCGCCGCCGCCGUGUUCCACGGUGUACGACGAGCUGCAGGCGUGCAUCCCGUACCUGUCGGGACGCGGGGACCCGUCGAAGGAAUGCUGCGGCGGGGUGAAGGCGAUGCAGCCCUACUCCAAGUCCAAGUCCUCCCGGUCGGCGAUCUGCCAGUGCCUCAAAUCGAUGGUGAGUUUGGUCCCCGGGGUUGAUCUGUCCGCCGCCUCCAAGCUUCCCAAGAAGUGCAACGUCAACGUCAAGCUGCCUGAGCUCUCUCUCGACAUCGACUGUUCCAAGGCCUGAUGAUGGUGAUGAUGCAAUCGGUGAGGAUGGAUGGAGUAGUAAUGAUUACUGAAAUAAAUUAACAAAGCACUUUUUCUUUUGCAUUUCUUGCAGGGUGAAUAUGUAGUGCACACAGGGAAAUCAUUAAAUCAAUAAAGAUCAUAUUUACCUAAAAAAAUUUGGGUAAAAACAAUAUAUUAGCCACAAACCCACAACUAUUAUGAAGCGGGGAAUUAUAGCCACAACUAUGAAAAUUCAAAUUAUUAGUCAAAUGUUAAAUAUCUGUUAAUAAUUUCGUUAGUAAUACUAAAUAAACUUUUGUGUUUUAAAGUUAUAAAUUAAAAGCAGUCCGACAUGGCUACUGCCGUGGCCGACGAUGUGGCCUUCUCCGUUAAAAAUUCAAUAACAGUAACGGACAGUUAGCCAUAUCUUGAACCGCAACAAUAGUUAUGGUUAAUCAUUUGAAUUUUCAUAGUUGUGGCUUUAAUUCCUCGCAUCAUAAUAGUUGUGGCUAAUAUAUAGUAUUUACCCAAAAAAUUAAGAUCAUAUUGAUCCAUCUCUGUUUCCAUAUUUGUUCUACCUGAGAAUGUACCAUAGGCUGACAUAAUAGUAAUCGGGGCUCUGAUUUGGAUUCAUAUGUUCGAUUUCUUCGUGAAGAGAGGAAUUUGUGAAGAGGAGGGGGUGACCGUGAUCUACGCUCGACGCUUAAGCUAGUAUGGGAUAUAAGUUGGUAUAUGUGAUUCUAAAUAGACAAAGGUAGAGAGAGACCUUGUGUGGUGAAUGUGGAGAAGAGAAAUAAGUUUUUUGCUUAGAGGGUUCGAGCUUUUUUAUAUAGGAGUCCAAGGCUUCAAGUGGGCUAGCAAUCCCUGAGUAGGCGUCUUCAGUAAGUUGGACGCCUCGGGUAGGCUAGGUCCCUCAUAGUGGGCGCCUUAAAAUAAGUUGGCUAGGUGCCUUAGACUCAUUGAUGAUGUGUGCCGUUGUCGUAUUAGGCAUGUUAAUUCAUAUCCCACGGUUGUCCAUAUUUCUUCUAUUUUGUAAGAAUGGAAAGACUAACACAGUGCAUUAUUUUGUAUUAAUUUAUCUUACUUGUGAGUUCGAAAGAUGCGCCUUUGCCUCUUGAGAUGAGGUGCCUCAAGUGGAAGCCCCAGGGAGGUCCCUCGAGGUUGACGCUAUGCGAGCUGGAUGCCUCACGAGAGUUGCCUUGGGAUUGACAGGUUGGAGUGGGUUCGAGGCUGCCCCUUGCAUGUGUUGCAAAACCAUUGGUUUUUCGAUGUCACACGAGGUGUUAAGUUCCGACGCUUGCUAGCCCUUUUUGUCCGCGCUAAUAGGCCCCAUCAUCGUUCAAGAGAAACGAAUAGAGACUCCGAUACCACUUGUAAUAUCCCAACCUUUUUUUGACUAUAUAUCAUCCACUUUGGGAGAAACCCUCACGCUUAUGGGUGGACAAUGGGUUGGUCCAUACCGGACUGAAUCGAUGUGUGGAUCGGACCACACCGAAUCGAAUAUAAUAUGGUUCGGUCCUUGGUCCUAUGAAUUUUAAAAAUACUGAAGAAAAAUGGACCGAAUUUACAUUUGGAUCGGACCAAAUGGACCAAAGCGGACAGAAUGCACUAUUGGUCUGGUCCUUGGUCCUAACAUAUCUUUCACUAUUGGACCGCGGUUCUCCUGAGUUCGGUGUGGUCCGGUCUGGCCCUACUCACGGUAGUCUUGGUUUAUGUCAAGGUGACUUCUCAUGAUCACCCAUCCAUGCAGUGCUACGUAGUGAUUAGUGAGCACGUUUAACUUCAAAGUUAUUGUAAAAAUUCUUACAAUUCACUUAAAAAACGUUGUUUAUGAGU